AUGAGGCCCUUAACAGACGAAGAGACCAAAGUAUUCUUUGAGAAGCUCUCCAAAUAUAUUGGUCGAAACAUUACUCAACUGAUUGAUAGACAAGAUGAAGCGUAUUGUUUCCGUAUGCACAAGGAUCGUGUAUUCUAUGUUAGUGAAUCAAUAAUGAGAAAAGCAACCUCAAUUGCACGAGAUCAGCUACUAUCUCUCGGAAUAUGUUUUGGCAAAUUCACAAAGAGUGGGAAAUUCACUCUCCAUAUCACGGCGCUCGAGUACUUGGCCCCUUAUGCCAAAUACAAAGUCUGGGUAAAACCAAACGGUGAAAUGCCCUUCCUAUACGGCAACCACGUCCUAAAGGCCCAUUUGGGUCGUAUAACAGAAGACACACCCGAACAUCAGGGUGUUGUAAUCUACUCCAUGUCGGAUGCGCCAUUAGGGUUUGGAGUCACGGCGCGAUCUACUCAGGAUGCUAGAAAGUUGGAACCUACUGGGAUUAUUGUGUUUCAUCAAGCUGAUGUUGGUGAAUACCUCAGGAAUGAAGAUGCACUGAUAUAA